GGGAGAGAGCUAAGAGAGAGGGAGAGAGAGCGAUAGCUGUGAAGAGAGAACAAACGAGAGAGAGUAUGUAUACUACAGAAUGCACUGCCUUCUCUACUAUUCCCACAUCUCUGUGCUUGUAAACUGGAGCAAGGAGUGAAUCUCAGGAGCAUGUUUUGCGGGUGUAUUUUGGGACUGUCAGCUACAAUGUUGGCAUGAAAUUAAAUGAAAAAAAGCUUUGAAUCUGUCUGUCUUGGAGGUGGAAAAGAGCGUGGAAACAUAGAAAAGCAAACUAUUUCAUAGACUGAAUUGGAUUUAACGCAACAAGGGAAAUGCUGUCAAACUGGAGUUACAAUUAAACCUUAAGGGACUGGCACUGAGGACACGACCCUGCUGCCCGUGGAUUGGAUACCUCGCGCUACCCAGAUCAGCCUGUUCAGACUCAUAGCUCCUCAGUGGGGCAAAUCACUUUGUGUAGUUCACUGGGGAAAGAGGAGGAAGCUGACUUUAUGGGUCCCUUUCAACAAGUUGGAAAUCGCAAAUUCAACAAUGAGAGAGAUUCCACCCUAAAUACAGAGAAUGCCAGACUUUGAUGACAAAGUUUGAUGACAAAAUUUACCCACAAAGGACCACCGUGCCACCUUUCUGUUUAAGUGAGCACAGCACAAGGUAAUGACGUGGCUCAGGUUUGACCCCGGAGAUGCCGAAGAGACGAGACAUUCUGGCCAUCGUGUUGAUCGUGUUGCCUUGGACGCUACUUAUCACUGUUUGGCAUCAGAGUGCCAUCACCCCUCUGCUAGCUGCUCGAAAGUGUAAAGGUCAUUCCUCAAAUUCCCCAUGUAGGGGGUUUUAUGAUGACAGACAUGAGAGUCGGCGAGACUCCCGGAACACCUUCACCCUCAAGGAGCCCUGCACCUCAGAGAACAACAAGGACAUUGUGGAGGUUGUGCGCACCGAGUACGUCUACAGCCGCCAGCCGCCCUGGUCUGAUGUCCUCCCCACCCUCCACGUCAUAACCCCAACCUACAGCCGGCCGGUCCAGAAGGCAGAGCUGACCCGUCUGGCCAACACCUUCCUCCACGUGCCCAACCUGCACUGGAUCCUGGUUGAGGACUCUCAGCGACAAACCCUGCUAGUCACCAGGCUCCUUCAGGAAACAGGCCUGAACUACACCCACCUUAAUGUGGAGACACCCAGGAACUAUAAGCUGCGUGGGGACAUGAGGGACCCCAGGAUACCCCGGGGAACCAUGCAGAGGAACCUGGCUCUGCGCUGGCUUAGAGAGACCUUCAGCCCCAACAACAGCAACAGCCAGCCUGGUAUCGUCUACUUUGCAGACGAUGAUAACACCUAUAGUCUGGAUCUGUUUGAGGAGAUGCGUUCAACAAGGAAGGUGUCUGUGUGGCCUGUAGCCUUUGUGGGCGGCCUGCGGUACGAGUCCCCUAAAGUCAACACCCUGGGCAAGGUUUACGGCUGGAAGACUGUGUUUGACCCCAACCGACCCUUUGCCAUAGACAUGGCUGGUUUUGCGGUGAACCUCCGCCUCAUUCUCUUUAAGCCUCAGGCCUACUUCAAGCUGCGGGGAGUCAAGGGAGGGUACCAGGAGAGCAGCUUACUGCGGGAGCUGGUCACCCUCAGCGACCUGGAGCCCAAGGCUGCUAAUUGCACUAAGGUACUUGUAUGGCACACGAGGACAGAGAAGCCUGUCCUGGUGAACGAGGGAAAGAAAGGAUUUACGGACUCCAACGUGGAGAUAUGAAACUUAUUUUGGAUCACAGGUUAUAUAUGGCUGGGAUUCCAAAUGGACUGGCAGAAGACAAGCUCCAGGCAAGCAGAAUCAGGGUGAAAUAUAUAUUUACUGUAAUACGACUGUAAAGGGAGUAAGACAGCCUUAUUGUCUACUACAAGAAGUACACAGCUACGUAUCAAUACAGGCAUAGAAUAUCAAAGCACAGAUUCAUGGAGGAUGGUGAUACUGUAUCUAGCUAAGCGCUUUACUGAUGCAUCAAUGGAAGACGCCCACAAGGAGCUUGCCAGUCGCCAGAGUGCAACUUAAACAAAAGACUGUCGGCGGUUCAAACAACAGGAUGGCUUCAUACAGUGGUCAACAGGAAGCGGCCUUAACCCAGCUGACACAAACCAACAUGAUCGUAACCAGGCACUGGACCAAACUGAAUCAAUCAGGGGCCCCGAAUGGCUUUUGUCUGUUGGUGAUUAGGCUCCUUUUGUUGUGGAGCGGACUGUACUUGGGGUGCAGAACAGAGCUGGAUAAAGUAGUUCUUGUCUGACUGGAGUCAGCAUUGACUGACAGACUGAUCUGGAAAGGACAUGAACCCUUCCCACGGCCCAUUGUAAAACACUGAGCUAUUCAGACAGCUCUGCUCCCUCAAACCUAUCACUAAUUAGAACACGUCUCAAACACAUGCACGUCUGUACACAAACAUCCGCACACAUACACGCAUAGAGUAAUCAGUGUAGGAACAAUGAUUUAGCAUAACCCCCGUACUGUAAUGCCAGCUUUUAUUUGCUGUUGCAUCUUUUACUGAUCAUAUAACACUAUCAGCACUUUCAGAUCAGGGUCUGUUGUCUGGUACAGUUUCUCAAUCACGUACAAGCAUUUUUUUUAACAAUCGUCUUUCAAAACAGAGUUCACAAGACAGAACUCUGUGGCUUUUCGCAAAACAGUAAAUGGUUGCCUUACCAAAAUGUAUUUGCCUUCUCAAAUUAUAAAUACAUUAAAUCAAAACUAAAAUUGUACAUUCAAAAUUGCUAAUAAAUUGCUAAUAAAUUCAUCAAAACAACACGACUGCCUGCAAAAAGAUGAACACAAAUAUACUUAUCUCGAGUCCAAGUAGACUGGAGAAAAAAAUCCCAGUAGAUCAAUAGAUUUUCCUUGCAGUUACUAAAUCAUGAUGAUCAAAAUUGUCCAACCAUCCAAAGUGCAGAAUUAUGUGCAAUUACUCUCCUUUUAUGCAUAUUUCACCAAACAAUUUCAUACACAUUAAAUUAAAUAUAUUCCCGAUAAGAAACAAAAUUAGCACAUUGUGUGCAGGAUUCAUCGAUAUCAUCACAAUCCAAUUCCAUUCCAUAAUCAAUACAUAACUAUUAAUAAACCAGGCUUUGUAGACUCCAUUGGUGCACAGAAACACAAUCCAAAAUAGAAAUAAGGAAAGGUGAAUACAAUGGAAGAAUACAACUGGUAUGAAUGUAUAGGGAGGCCUCAAAGCAAAACCUCUAUAACAAUAGGGUCAGUAUCUCCUGUAAAAUCUAACACGAAACCCAAACCGGCUGCGCACGUGCAUCAUCGUGCGCCAUCGUGCAUACAUUUAUUUUGUCCCCCCACACCAAACGC